AAUUUUGACAUUUCCAUUUAUUUUUUCACUCUCUCUCUCUCCUCUACCCUUUAAAACUCUGCAAAAGAAAGAAUCACCUGCAACAUUAAAAAAGAGACGAGAAAUAAAAAAAUAAAAAAAGUUGGGUUUUGUUGCUCUACAACAUUUCUUUUUCCUUUUAAAAAUAUCACAAUUUAAUUUUAUUUUUUAUCCGCCAUUGAAGAACUUAAGAAGAAGACGACUAUUUUCUCUAUUAAUCGAUUUCAAUCAUCUGAUCAAUGAACAUCACUGUUUAAUUUCCAAAAAGUAGAAUCGAAGGAAAUUGAACAAGUUUCUUAGUGAAAAUUCUGGAAUUUGAGAAACAAUAAAGUUAAGUUAUUUGUUUUUCUGCGAUCAUGGCGGUGGCUGAAAACGGUGUCGCAUCGAGUGAAAACCACUUCGAAACGACUGAUCUUGAACGAUCAAACGACAACAGUCACAUCAACAACAACAAUGAGAAGAGUGAGAACAUCAACAACAACAAUGAGAAGAGUGAGAAAAGCAACAGCUUAAAGUCUCAGUCUUUACAGAAAAACGACGUCGUUUUUGUUGCUGAACAUCAAAAUGGAGACGACAACGACAACGACAACAACAAGAACAACAACAGUGUUGAAGAUUUGCAGGAGAAGAAGAUGAACAAUGGAAAUUACAAUAAUAACCAUGUUGUUUUAACUGAUUCCAACAGUGAAAAUGGUGGUACAGAUGAAGAUGAUGAUCAAAACAGUAAAAAAGACAAUAAUCAUCUUCAUCUAACAAAUGGAGAAGGGUUAAAGAAGGAAAUUAGGGAUUUACAGGAGAUGUUAUCGAAAUUAAACCCUAUGGCAAAAGAAUUCGUGCCUCCUUCAUUGUCGAAUUUCCAAAAUGUCAAUACUAAUAACAAUAAUAAUUUUGGUUAUGCAAACAAUUACAUGAAUCAACCUAAUGCUGGUGGUGGAAAUGCCAAUGGAUUCACUGGUAGAAGGAGAAGAAAUGGUUAUGGGCAAGGAAAGAGGAGGAUGAAUAACCGCACUAGUAUGGCUCAGAGGGAAGAUGUUAUUAGGAGGACGGUGUAUGUUUCGGAUAUUGAUCAACAGGUUACUGAAGAGCAACUUGCAAUGCUUUUCAUCAAUUGCGGGCAGGUUGUUGAUUGUCGUGUUUGUGGUGAUCCAAACUCAAUACUUCGCUUUGCUUUUGUAGAAUUUACUGAUGAAGAGGGUGCUAAGGCUGCUUUAAGCCUUUCGGGUACAAUGCUUGGAUAUUAUCCUGUCAGAGUGCUGCCUUCUAAGACUGCCAUUGCUCCCGUUAAUCCUACUUUCUUGCCCAGGUCUGAAGAUGAAAGGGAGAUGUGUGCAAGAACUGUUUAUUGUACCAAUAUUGAUAAGAGGGUUACGCAAUCUGAUAUCAAACUGUUCUUUGAAACAUUUUGUGGAGAGAUAAGUACUAUCCAGGUUCAACGCCUGAGGUUGCUCGGAGAUUAUCAUCAUUCAACUCGCAUUGCUUUUGUGGAGUUUGUCAUGGCUGAGAGCGCAAUUGUGGCCCUGAGCUGCAGUGGUGUAGUGCUGGGAUCGCUGCCUAUCAGGGUGAGCCCAUCAAAGACUCCUGUUCGCCCUCGACCUCCUCGCUCGCCAUUGCACUGAGAGGCCACUGGUUUCUCCAGGCCAAGUUGCUAUCAAUCAUUAUCUCCACAUAUAUAUACAUAUAUAUAGAUACACAGAAUAGUAUGAAGGUACUUGUGGCGUCGUUAGUUUUGUCCGUUGUUAUCUUGGGCCCAGUAUCCUGCUUUUACGUUAUAGGGAGGUAUUUUAAGUUCUUUGAAGGCUUUGUUCAUUUGAACAUGUAGAGAGUUUGGAGGCAAUUUCCGAGGCUCUUUUCUAGUUCUGAGUUAAUUUAUGUUGCACUGCACAGCACGGCUGAACUCCGCCGGAGAUUUGUCUGCAUGGACUGAGUUGCCCUUGCAGAUGUUCUCCGACUUAAACCCACAGAAAGUUUAUGGGUUCAUCUCUUUGGUUUUUCGUUUAAUGGUCCAUUCUGUUGUUCUUUUUUGAAUAUUGACUCAGUUCAGUCUACGUUUGUAGACUCAGUAAUUUAUCCACUGCCCCUGAAUAUACGUA